CCGUCUAAAUGGCAAAAACACAAAGCUGUAGCCACAAAAUAUUUGACGUGAACACGGCUCAGCUGUCACACCGUAUUCUUUUUUUGGCUUAAGAUCCACGUGCAUGACGUGCCUCGCCUCGACGACGUUGGCUGAAAUCGGCUAGGCUGAGCUGAGUACAUGAUAUGUAGGCCUAGCUUUACUGGUGAAAGGUCACGUUUUAAAUGAAACAUGCCUUCUCGUGGCAGAGGUGAAUUUGGGAGUCACAUUCAGAGUCAGGAAUUCAGCGGUAGGGGAACUCGACAGUGGAAUUCACCUGGCGAAACAGUAUCUGUUGAGCCCACUGAUGUUGGGAGAUUAAUUGGUCGACAAGGUAGCAAAAUCCGUGAGCUUCAAGAUGAAAGCGGCGCAAGAAUCAAGGUUCCAAGAGACCAAGAGAAUGAUGACGGCACCAUUCCUGUUGAGCUUCGCGGGACCGAGGAGGCCAUUGAGAAAGCCAGACAGAUGAUCGAAGAGUUACUCAGACCGCCAUUAUACAGAGCCAAACCAUCUCUUCCAAGUACUUAUAACUCAUCAUCACUGUCAUCAGCGGCAGGGACGACAACAGUAACAGACGGAGAAGUAAAAAGACCCACAAUCAACUGGAAAAAGGCUCUUGCAGACGCUGCCUCAUCGGAAUUGGAGAAAUGGAAGGAUUACCCUGCUGUAAUCAAGGAUUUUUACAUCAUCUCGCCAUCGAUACAAAAUAUGACAGAAUUUGAAGCAGAGGAAAUCAGAGAGAGUCUUGGUGUUACCGUCCAAGAUGAUUGUAAGGACAGUCCCAGACCUAUUCUUAACCCGGUCAGAACGUUCGAAGAAGCAUUCCAGCAUUAUCCCGAGAUUCUACGAGAGAUUCGCAAACAGAAAUUUGAGAAGCCUUCCACAAUACAGUCGCAAGGCUGGCCCAUUGCUUUGAAAGGUCAUGACCUUAUCGGCAUAGCCCAGACGGGAAGUGGCAAGACGUUAGCCUUCCUCCUACCAGCUCUUAUCCACACUGACCUCCAACCAACACCGAGGGAGCAGCGCAGUGGUCCCAACGUCCUGGUCCUGUCCCCAACCAGAGAAUUGGCCUUACAGAUUCAUGAGGAAGUCAGCAAGUAUUCUUACAAGGGUAUCAAGAGUGUGUGUGUUUAUGGUGGCGGCAACAGAAGGCAACAAAUCAAUGUUGUUCAGAAAGGAGUCGAGAUAAUCAUAGCCACGCCCGGCAGAUUGAAUGAUCUAAUCAUGAAUGGGAUUGUGGACGUCAAAUCAGUGACAUUCCUGGUUCUGGAUGAGGCAGAUCGCAUGUUGGACAUGGGGUUUGAACCCCAGAUCAUGAAGAUCUUACUGGAUGUGCGACCAGACAGACAGACCAUCAUGACGAGUGCUACUUGGCCAGAGGGCGUGAAGAGACUGGCCAGAAAGUACAUGAAGAACCCAUUCCACGUCAAUGUUGGCUCCUUGGACCUCUCGGCAUGCCACAGCGUGACUCAGUUGGUGGAGGUCAUCGAUGAAGAAUACAAGAGGGAGCGGCUGAUUGAGUUCAUCGAAAGCCUUCAAGAAGAUGAGAAGCUACUCGUGUUUGUUGGACGCAAAUCCAUGGCAGAUGAACUCUCCUCGGAGAUGUCACUUCUGAACAUCUCCGUGCAGUGUAUCCAUGGCGACAGAGAACAGUACGACAGGGAGCAGGCGUUGUCUGAUUUCAAAGAUGGCUCUGUACGGAUCCUGAUAGCCACAGACGUGGCAUCUCGUGGUCUGGACAUCAAAGACAUCACGCAUGUGUUAAACUACGACUGCCCCAGCCACAUUGAGGAGUAUGUGCACCGAGUUGGUCGCACUGGCCGCGCUGGGCGCACCGGUACCUCAUUAACCUUGAUGACGCGUCGAGAUUGGCGUUGGGCUGGUGAUAUCAUGCGCAUUAUGGCUGAAGCAAACCAGGAAAUCCCAGAUGAUUUGAUGGAGAUGGCGGAAAGGUAUGAACGUCACAAAGAGAAGAAAGAACAGGAACGCAGCCUGGAGAGAGAAAAUGGCGGGGGAGGUGGUUACAGACGGGAUGGGAACCAGGGAGGGGGUAGAGGGUACAGGGGAGGGAGUCGAGAGGAGGGUUACUGGGGUGGCUUCAGCAGCGGAGGGCUUGGGGGUGGGUUUGGGUUUGGAGGUGGCCGUGGCCGGGGUCGAGGAGGGAGGGGAGGCCGGCGAGGCGGUGGGAAGUAUGAUGCCUUCGAUGGCUUUUUCAUAAGCUAGUGGCAAGGUUUCUGAUGAGAUGAUGUUUGUUCUAAAUGGUGCUGUUCAGUUGUACCCAUCAACCUGGGACCACUUUGAUAGAGUUGCUAUCCAUUAAAUAUGUGCUAAGUACAGGAAAAAUUUGCUUAGCAAAAGCUGGUUACCAGUCCACAAAGCACAUGUUGAGGAUCUUUUUUGACUGGUUGCCAGCUGGUUUUGCUCAGCACAUCAACCUGAUAAGUAGUGUUUGUGCUGAGAAGGUCCGUUAAACUGGGCCCAGACUGGAGAUCUUAUAUCUCAUGGAGCUGUUGCUUUGUGCCCACCGAAUUGACUGGAGAUCUUGCUGUGCAAUCAGUCAAUAUUGCUGUUAAGUUUCUCAGGGUAAUUGGGGGAGUUGUUUGUCUAGUGGUGACUCUUUUGGCUAUCACAACAGAUGGCGUGAAUAUCUCCGACAGAUCCUUGGAUUCGUCUAGUGCCAUGACUGGGAAAGGUCAACCACUGUCAGUUCAAUCAUACUGCCAAGUUCAUUUAGGUUAGUGUGUUUUGUUGUUUUGCUGAAAGGGUUGCCUGUCUGUGUGUGUUGUAUGUUUGAGUGUCUGCCAUGGUCAUGAUGUAUUGCAAUACAGACUUUUGCUUCACUUUCGUAGCAGUGUUCUGUUUGCAAAUCUGACCGAUUACGCCUCAGCUUUGAGGCAUCUCUUCAGUUUAAUUGAUGCAUGAAUUGUUCUGUGAAGAGUGCAUUCUUUUCACAUUGUUCCAACGGUGAAUAUUGGCAGUUUGACUGCAGCUGAAGUUUGUAGGUUCCUUUACUUGUAUUAACUAUUCAGGAAAAAUUAAUCAGGGGGGUCAUUGUCACUGUGUAACCCUCAAAUGAAGGCAGUGCAGUUUGAGGGGGGGAAGACCGUGGCAGCUAUGUACAUCACCAACAUGAAUAAAACAUUAUAACAGUGUGACACAUACCAAAUUGUAUAAGCAUGCCACUCUAAAGGCCAGAGAUGAUUUUCGUGAAGCCUGGACCAUUCAAAAUUGUUGCACUUGCAAUUCUCACAUGCAUUCAUGUUGACAACUAAAGUCAAGUUGGAUCAUAGAUGUCUUCCUGUCUGUCGAUACUGUCAGUAGAUGACCGACAUGUUUGGGGCUUGCCUUCAAACUUUUCUCUCCUUUUUUGACCUGUUUCCAAACACUUGUAGGCUUUUAAAAUCCCGUGUUUUCCAAAUUUGCAGAAAGAUUGAUCAGCUCUCACUGGUUAACUGGUGGGAAAUUUCAGGAAACACUUUUCACCUGUGAAAAAAGUUUGAAAUACCUCAGUCCCAGUAUCCCCAGAAUUGUGAAAUUGAGUUUCUCUCCUCACAUAGAAAUCUUCAAACCUUGUCAGUGUUCACUGAGACAUCAACAUGUCACACUUCAUUAGCUUCUCAGCUGUAUAGAGAACUGAAGUCAUUUAGAACUAAGAAGUAUUGUUGCAAACAAACGGAGGUGGGUGCGUUGGUUCACCCACUGGUUCAUGUGGUAAUGAUCUUAACACAUAAUUCUGUGUGGGACAUAUUCACUUUGGAACUCUAUAUCAGAAAUAGCCAAGACGAUCAUUAUCCCCCAACCAUGUUACCGACCCAGACAGGCUAGUCCAUAAUAGAUGAGUCUAACCAUUGAUGAUUGGCCAAGAUUUUAUCUGUUAGUCCAGCUGCCACUUGCCAUUGUCCUCGUGCCAUCAUGCUUAAUGCUUUUGAGUACAACCCCAAAACAUGGUACUUGCUUGCAAGUUACUUUUGGUUCAGUUUGCAGUUUGGAAAUAGGAACCAAAUGUAUGCACCUACAUGUCAAUAAUGAAAACCAUCAAUGUUCAUUUUUUAAUGAUUUUGUUUGUUUCAUACGUAUUUGUGUAGUUAGGUAUUUUUAUUUAUUUUGUGAAUUUUGAAAGUUUUCUUUUCAUAUAGACAUGUAUUUGUGUGGUUAGUGUUUGUCUUUUUUCAGAGGCGCUGUCAAAGAAAAUGUCUGCUGUGUUGAUGAAAACAACAAUUUGUUUAGGCACUGCAUUAAUGUGCUGCCAUUUACGUUGCCAGUUUUUUUUACGUUGUGAGACUACUCUACUUGUAUGGCUUGUCAUUGUAUGGCUUGUCAUUGUAUGGCUUGUCAUUGUAUGGCUUGUCAUUGUAUGGCUUGUCAUUGUAUGGCUUGUCAUUGUAU